CCCCUCAGGAUCAUUUUUGUACUUCUGCUGUCCCCCCACUUUAAAAUAUCUGCUGACUGACAAUUCAUGCUCAGUCAAAGCAAUGCUGCUCUUGUAUACUUUGGAAUAAGAGACUCACAGCAUGUGAAAGCUUUUUCUCUGUUUACUUUUAACUUCUGGUUUUCUUGGAUCUGAUUCUUAGUAGGCGGUGUUAUCUUGAAGAAACAGCAUCUUCCACAUCUCCCUUUAAGCACUGGGGUCUUUUCAAUUAAGGCAUGGCCAUGAAAACUUCUGGCUGCUUCUUCUUCUUUUUCUUCUAUGCAGCAUGCUUGGUUUCUACUGCUGAAGAGAAAAGCCAGCAGUUAAAGUCUAAGCGGUGUGACCAGAAGUUUACAUAUACACGUGAUACACCUUGUACUUCUUGUACCGUGGUUUCCAGACUGCCAUGCCCAAAAGGGUGGUCAAAAGUGCCUGGAAAGGAAGGGCAGAAGAACUGCAGGUACACACUCAAGCUAGGCGAGACUACUCUUUUACUCCCUGGUUGUGCUCAAAUAUGUAAGCAGGAAUUUGAGGAGAAACGCUGCUGUCCUGGUUUUUGGGGCCCUGCUUGCUAUGAAUGCCCUGUUGGAUCUGGAAACGUAUGCAGUGGUCGGGGGACUUGUUUGGAAGGUUUAGCACAGAAUGGAACUUGCGUCUGUGAGGAGAAGUAUAGCGGCUAUGCAUGCCAAGACUGCCUGGAUGAAACACGUUUUGGCCCUGAUUGUCAAUCUGUAUGUGAGUGUCAACACGGGAUCUGCAACCAUGGACCUUCUGGAGAUGGAAGCUGUACCUGCUACGCUGGCUAUACUGGCCCAAAAUGUGACCAAGAACUUCUCAACUGUGGAGGUGUAAUCUGCGAAGCCAAUUCCAUUUGUGUGGUGAAGGGUGGGCAGUCGAGGUGUGAAUGUCUGCCGGGGUACAAGAAAAAUGGAAUUUACUGUCAAGACCAGGAUCCUUGCAGCUCCUACCCAUGCUCCUCGUUUGCAGAUUGCAAGACUCUUGGGCCAAACAAGUAUGAGUGCACUUGCAAAGUUGGGUACCUCGGAAAUGGGAGGAUUUGCCAACCCAUAAAUCCUUGUCUCACUGAUUAUGGAGGCUGCCCUAGAAAUUCUACCUUGUGUAGCAAUAUAAGACCAGGAGAGUCACGUUGUGUGUGUAAGCCAGGAUUCAUCAGGCAUGGUGAUAAAGAUUGCUUCUUCACCCUUAAAUGUCAGUCGCAUAACUGUGACAGAUCUGCGAAGUGUGAGGUUGACUCAGAUGCUUCAAUAAGAUGUACCUGCAAAGAUGGAGAAAUUGGAGAUGGUAGGAAGUGUUACAAAACCAUCCUGGGGGAGCUAUCUUCUCUGAAUGUGGUAGGAAGAAACGCCAGGGCAUUGAGCAAUGCAAAAAAAAUGUUUGAGAUGGGUUGUUCGUUUCUCCUGGAAAACCAUGGGCCUUUCACUGUGCUUGUGCCAGCCAGUCUUUACUAUGACAGAAUGGAGCUAAAUGAAACCCUUGCAAAUAAUUUAUGCAAACUGCACAUAAUCCCUGGGCAGCAUUUCAUGGAGCAUACCGACAAGGACCUGUGGACAUUAGCUGGUCCGAAAGUGUCAUUCUCCAGUCAGGAGUCAGCCACAAAGAACUACAGGUACUCAGAUGAACCAGCACAACGAUAUUUUAUUAGAGAACAAAACUUGCCAGCUGCUAAUGGGAUCAUACAUAUCGUCAGCAUGUUAAGGAAAAAGCCCCUCUUGGACAACCUUAGCAAUUCUCAGAAAACAAUUGGGGAAAUUCUUGUUUCAAUGGAGAUUGCCAGCCGAUUUGAAACCAUAUUGGAAAACUGUGGUCUGCCUUCAUUUCUGGAUGGCCCAGGACCUUUCACUGUGUUUGUACCAAGCAAUGAAGCAGUGGACAAAUUAAGAGAUGGAAGGCUAAUUUAUCUCUUCACGGAGGGAAUAAACAAGCUCCAGGAACUUGUGAAGCAUCAUAUCUACACAAAAGCAGCGGUAGACGUGGAAACGCUGAUUACCUUGCCACAAAUUUUGACCAUGGCAAAUCAGGUUCUGACAAUCCAUUUCAGUGAGGAGGGAAGAAUUCUGUUAGGUGACUCUGAGGUUGCCUUAAACACAAGGAAUAUUUGGGCAUCAAAUGGUAUCAUUCAUACCUUAGAUGGCAUCUUCAUUCCUCCAUCAAUCAUCCCCAUUCUGCCGCAUAGAUGCAAUGAAAAGGAUUAUAAAGUUGUAGCGGGAUCUUGUGUGGACUGUGGUGCCCUUAAUACCAGUGUCUGCCCACCUGAAAGCACAGUUAUGGACGAGGGGCACUUUCCAGGGGAAUGUGUGUACAUUCAUGACCCAUUAGGUUUGAACAUUAUGAAGAAGGGUUGCAAAAGAAACUGCAACCAAACUGUGGUGGUACCUGGAUGCUGCAAAGGGUUCUUUGGUUCUUCAUGCACCCCAUGUCCUAGUGGAUUUACCAAUCCAUGCUAUGGCAAAGGAACUUGCAAUGAUGGGAUUCGCGGGAACGGCCAGUGUCGCUGCCAUGAGAAUUUCAGAGGAAUUGCCUGCCACAUUUGUUCAAACCCAAACAAGCACGGAGAGAACUGUGAUGAAGAUUGUGGCUGUGUCCAUGGAGUUUGUGAUAACAGACCUGGGAGCAAGGGCGUGUGCCAGCCCGGGUCAUGUAAAGAUGGCUACAGCGGGGAAUUUUGUGAUAGGAGCUCUCAGAAGUGUGGUUCCUCUAACGAUGCCCCUCUGAAUUGCCAUUUGAAUGCAGUCUGCAUCCGGAAUGAUACUGUAAGGUGUGUCUGCCUUGAUGGAUAUGAAGGGGAUGGGUUUUCAUGUGAGCCUAUUGAUGUCUGCAGCAAGCCAGAACGGGGAGGAUGUUCAGAAAACGCCAUGUGUACCAGUGCAGGCCCUGGAACAGCAACCUGCCAAUGUAACGAGGGCUGGACUGGGGAUGGAAAGGACUGUAUUGCUGUAGACAACUGUGCAAUGGAAACCAGAGGAGGCUGCCACGUCAAUGCUCACUGCAUCAAUAUUGGGCCUGGACAGAGCAGUUGUAUAUGCAAGAGAAAUUACAAUGGCGAUGGUUACAGCUGUGAACCUGUUGCUCCUUGCUCUGUGGACAAUGGUGGCUGCCAUGAACUGGCUACAUGCCAGUCUCUUAGUACUGGAGAGAAGGCUUGCCGUUGCUCUGAUGGAUACAUGGGAGAUGGAGUUCUAUGUUAUGGAAAUAUAAUGAAGGAGUUGGUAAGGAAUUACUACUUUUCUGACUUCUAUGGGUGGAUUAAGAAAUCCCUCUUCAGCAUCCCUGAAGGAGCCAACUUGACUGUUCUGGUACCAGUGAAAGAAGCCAUCCAAAACCUGAGCAAAGAUGAAAAAGAUUUCUGGCUACAGCCAGACAUGCUAUUAUUACUUGUCAGGGGCCACUUCCUUCUGGGUUCUUUCACAACUGAGCUACUCAAGAAAUACGUGGGCCAGGAGCUGCCCACCCUCAGCCCACGGAUCAGGUGGAAAAUUAACAACAGCAGUGGGGCCAUAACAAUUCAGAAUGCAAGUAUUAUUUUGGGUGACAUCCCUGCUAUUAACAGCACUAUUUAUAUCAUCAACAAGGUUUUGUUUCCCACCUUGGAUGACAUCCCUCCAAGAGCCCCAGGUCUGCUGCAGCAACUUAAUGCGACACCCUCCUUCAGUAGAUUCAAAGAGCUGCUAGAGCACUACCAUCUGAUUGCAGAGAUUGAGUCAUCUGAAAAAUACACUAUUUUUGUCCCAGGAAAUAGUUCAAUUGAGAAGUAUUGCCAAGAUGCUAAUAUUACACAGCUGGACAUGGACACUGUACAAUACCAUGUUGUUCUUGGAGAUAAACUGUUGGCCACCGACCUGAAAAGCGGAGUUCACAAAACAUCAAUGCUAGGAUUCUCAUACUGGCUGAUGUUUUACAAAAACACUACUCAGGCAUAUGUAAACAAAGUCCUCCUGAAUGGUCAGUUUGUUGAAACAACAAAUGGGAUGUUGAUUGGGGUUUCUGAAGUCCUGCGAGUUCAAAAGAACCGUUGUAGUAUCAACAGCACAACAGUACAAAAGACAAGAUGUGCGAAGUGUGACAAAAAAAUCAGGUGCCCAAAUGGAUCAGUGCUUGCUGGAGCACCAGCGAAUGGGAGUUUCCCUCACUGUGUAUUAAGGUCUCAAGGCCGCAGAACAGUUGGCUGUCAUUUCACCUGCAUCAAAGUUUCCUUAGUCUCUGUCUGCUGUUCAGGUUACUAUGGCCAUAUGUGUGAGAUGUGCCCGGGAAAACCAGACCAUUGGUGUUCUGGAAACGGAGUGUGCCAAGAUGGCAUUGAUGGCAAUGGCGAGUGCCAAUGCCAUGAAGGUUACCAUGGAACUGCCUGUGAAAUGUGUCAGCCAGGAAGAUAUGGGGCCAGCUGUAAAUCAGAAUGCAACUGCGCGCAUGGGAUAUGCAACGAUGGACUGCUGGGGGAUGGAAGCUGCACCUGUGCGGCAGGCUUUAAAGGGGUUAGUUGUGACAUAGAAGUUAAAAGGGAUUUCUGUAAUGGCACUUGUGAUGAACAUGCGAAUUGUGUCAAUGACUCUACCACUUCCCAGCCCACUUGCUUGUGUUCUGCUGGAUACAAUGGGAACGGAACCUCUUGCACAGAAAUGGAUCCCUGUGCAGUGGGCAAUGGUGGCUGCUCCCCACAUGCCAACUGUACAAAAGUUGGGCCUGGUCAAAGAACUUGCUCUUGUAAAGAAGGCUAUGCUGGAGAUGGGACUCUAUGCCGGGAAAUUGAUCUAUGCUUAGACAAGAAUGGAGGAUGUCACCAUUUUGCCGAGUGUGUUAAAACAGGACCAGGCCUCGUUGCCUGUAACUGUCUUCCCGGGUUCACUGGCGAUGGUGUUAACAAGUGUGAGCACAUUGAUCCUUGCAAGGAGGAUAAUGGAGGCUGCAGUCCAUUUGCUCGCUGUAUUUGGGUUCCGAAUGGGAGUCGAAUUUGCAUUUGUUUAAAUGGUAGAGGUGAUGGAUUUACAUGCACAGGCACUGUGUGGCAGGAGCUCACUAGAAGACCAGCUGCAUCUAAAUUCAUUAAUUAUUUCAACUACUUUGACACUGUUGAAUUGACGGGAUCUGGACAUGGACCGUUCACUGUUUUUGUCCCACAUGCUGAUUACAUAAAGAACAGCACCACGUUUUCAGAAUGGGAAAAGAAGGGUUUCAUCAAGGAUUUGCUUAACUAUCACGUAGUCAUCUGCCACGAGUUACAGUCAGAAGACUUGCAGUUGCAAAAUUCCAUCACAGCUGUCUCUGGACUCAAAAUAAAGGUGUCCAUGAAAGAGAACAGCGUGUAUUUAAAUGAUGAAGCAAAGAUAAUUGAGAGUGACAUUAUGGGAAACAAUGGUGUCCUACAUUUCAUUGACAAGAUCUUAAUCCCAUAUGACCUGCAGAAUAUAAACAUUUCAUCCAGCCUAUCACAGAAAACCAUCACAGAGGUUGCAGAUGCUUAUGGAUACAAAAUCUACAGCAAGCUUCUAGUGGAGGCGGGACUUCUUGGUCUGGUUAACAGUACCUUGCACCAGCCCUUCACAAUGUUGUGGCCUACAGAUGCAGCAUUUAAUUCUCUCCCUGGGGAUAUGCAAAAAUGGUUGUAUCAUAGAGAACACCAGAGCAAGUUGGCUGCUUAUCUCAAAGGACACAUGAUCAGGGACAUGCUGUUAACAGGUUCCAGGCUGAUGAAUACUCAUGGUUUUAGAACGAUGCAUGGAUCACUCAUCUCAUUUGGCUGCAGCAAGACAAGUGCUGGGCAAAUUCUGGUGAACAAUGGCAAUGCAAGGAUUGUACAGCAGUUAAUGAAAUUUAAUGGUGGGAUUGCUUAUGGUAUUGACGAGGUGCUGGAACCUCCAGACCUGGGAUCCCGCUGUGAUGAGUUUCGCAAUGUUGAGCGGCCAUCGGCUUCUGUUUGUAGUUCCUGUGAUAGUUUGUCUCCUUGUUUCGGUGCCGCAAAAGAUGGGGGGGAGACCCAGUCUUGUUACUAUUAUGAACAUAGAUAUCCCGCUCGUCCAUGGUACCCCCGUUCUGAAGGAAGGUCUCCCUGGUUAUAUCGUUCACGUGGGCUGAACAGAUGGCAUCCACCUUCAAGGUCCUUGAAGAAGGGGUGCAGGAGAACAUGCUUUUCCAUUGAGUGGGUACCUCAGUGCUGUCCAAACCACUAUGGGAAAGAUUGUCAGGUGUGUCCUGGAGGGCUUAAGGAACCAUGCAGCAAUCAUGGUACCUGUAACGAUGGGCAGCAAGGCUCGGGAUGGUGCAACUGCAGCAAGGCCUUCAUUGGAAGAGCUUGUGAGAACUGUGCCCCAGGCCACUAUGGACCAGAGUGCAAAGAGUGCAAUUGUACCAGUAAUGGGAUCUGUGAUGAGGGGCUGCAUGGAGAUGGCUUCUGCUUUUGCACUGCGGGGUGGACAGGAGAGCGCUGUGAGACUGAACUCGCUGCGGUGCCUGUGUGUUCCCCAGCCUGCCAUCGGAAUGCUGUGUGCCGGUCCAAUAAUACAUGCGAAUGCAGCCUACAUUAUGAGGGAGAUGGAUGGACAUGCACAGUGAUUGACCAGUGUGGGAAUGACAACGGUGGUUGCAGUGACUAUGCCAACUGCACACAGAUUGGGAUUGAUGUUUCCUGCAGCUGUUUCCCAGACUACGAAGGUGAUGGCUAUAUCUGCAGCCCUAUUGACAGGUGUGCAGAUGGCAUGAAUGGAGAUUGCAGCGAGCAUGCCACUUGCAUCAACACGGGUCCUAAUUCCCGGCGGUGUGAGUGCCAUGCUGGUUACGUUGGAAAUGGAAUCCAGUGCUUGGAGGAAGUUAUCCCACCCAUAGACCGUUGCUUGGAAAAGAAUGGGCAGUGCCAUUCUGAGGCUCUCUGUAGUGACCUGCAUUUCGAAGAAAAAACAGUUGGGGUCUUCCACCUGCAGUCUCCCCAGGGAAAGUACAGAUUUACUUAUCAAGAGGCUGAAGUGGCUUGUGCUGCUGAGGGAGCUACAGUGGCCACUCUUAAGCAGCUGUCUGCGGCACAACAGAUGGGUUUCCACCGGUGCAUAGUAGGUUGGCUUUAUAAUAGGUCAGCAGGCUACCCAACUGUGUACCCGAGUUUGAAGUGUGGCAGUCACCAUGUUGGAAUUGUGGACUACGGCUUUCGAAGUAACGCCAGUGAGAAGUGGGAUGCUUACUGCUACAGAGCUCAAGAUGUGCAGUGUGUCUGUAGGGAUGGGUUUGUGGGAGAUGGCUACACAUGCACAGGGAGUCUUGUGGCGGUGCUGGCCCAGAAGGCAAAUUUCUCAGUCUACUAUUCUAUGGUACUGGAUUAUGCCAAUGCCACCCAAGAAGGAUGGGAAUUUUUUAAUUUCCUCUCCACAGAUAUGACUUACAAAACUCUUUUUGUACCCCUGAACUCCGGCUUUCAAAAAAAUGCAUCUCUAACACUGAAUGACCUGAAGCUUCAUGCAUCUGUGAGUGACGUGGCACUGAUGAGCUUCAAUCUCACGUCUGGUGCCGUUAUACCUUCACAAGCCGGAUUCAACCUUUCCAUUGCAGAUUCCACGAAUAACACCCGCUUCCCUGGUUGUAAGAUGAUUAAUAAUUCAGUUAUAGUUGAAUGGGAUAUUCUGGCCUCCAAUGGGAUCAUUCAUGCUAUUGAAGCACCUCUGAUGGCACCUCAACUUGGGCAACUUGACCAGGUUGUUGGUGCUAUGAAAUCGCCUGCUGCUGUGACCAUCGGUGUAUCCAUUGUAGUCUCUCUAGUACUGUGUGCAAUGGUGGCUGGAGUGUCCUACAUCUACCUCAAAAGAAAGAACCAAGGAUUCCAGUUUCGCUAUUUCAAGGCUGAGCUGGAAGAUGACGAGCCUUCUUCCUGGGAGGAAAGGAGCCCACACUUGGUGUCCAUUCCAAAUCCCAUUUAUGGAGCAGACAUCUCAAUCUAUGAGCCAUUUGAGGAUUCUCUCACUGGAGAAGAUUUCUCAGAUGCCUUUGGAAUUCGAGGCGACCAGUAAGCUGGAAACAACACUUUUCCAGAAGCUAUGUAAUUCAGGAUGAACAAAAUAUGGCUGUUAUGGACUGCUAAGAAGCCUUGCCUGCCCUUUAAAUGGUGACAAAUUAACAAGCGGCUUUAAUUGUAAAUGUUUAACAUACCUCAGUUCCAUUCCUCUUCUCAAAUACAUGGACAGGAAAUUGGGACCCAUAGAGCUCCUUGGCCUUGCAUGUACACAGGGACUUUGGCAAUUUUCUGUUUGAAUGUAGCCCCCUUGUGUUGUUUUGGGUGUCAGGAAUGAGUUUUUGGAUGUCAUAAGGAGUGGCAGUAGGAAGGUGAGGGAUGGAAAGUCAUGUUGCGUUUUUUGGAUUCUGCUCCUAAAUCUUCAGGCUGAAACUUAGGGAAUAUGAUGACUCUUGAAUGUGUUUGGAUCGGUGGAUGCUGUGGAGAAUCUUCAGUGGGCCAAUAAAAUCUGAGUUCAGUUAGAUAACUUUACUCUGAAACUGCACUAUGGAGCCUUCUGCCGAUCCCCUUUUUAAAAUGUUACUUAAAAGGCAGUUUGAAAUAAUACUGCCUGAAAACUGUAGGCCCGUCUUUGUUUAUAAUCCUACUGAAUUUAUGUACUGUUCCGAGAAUGACAGAUGUUUGUAAAUGAAUGGGAACAAGCAAAUGUUGUUAACCUUCA